CCCAGCCCCGCCAGUCGGCUAGCAGCAGCGUUCGCCUGCGAGUGCCGAGGGCGUCCGGCGCUGUCGCUGAGGGAGGCCCUGAGGAGACGUCGGGGAGCGGCGUUCGAACCUGCGACAAGCUAGCAAGUGGCUCGCGCAAAAACUUUCUUAAAUAAAUAUAUAUUUUAAAAAACUUCUUUCCGUCGAGUUCACGCGAUUGUCAGAUGUGUAUAUGAAAACAAAACUACAUCGUAUAUAGAUUACGAAAAAAAUAACGCUCUUUCGCAAAUGUAAGGUAUAAUUGCGGAAUACCGUAACGAGUUUAACAGGCGUACGUUGUUAGCUUUGCGGGAGGGAUUUACUAUUCGGGGGGUUUGUUUUGAUGCUCGUGGGCUGCACAGAAGAACAGGGGGGGGUUUAGAAAUCCGCGGCAGCCGCAGUAAUAACAGCGGCCGCGUUGGAAAUCCGCGGCAGCCGCGGUAGGCAGUUGGAAUUGCCCGAAGGCAGCAGUAGCGGCGGAGUCUUGCGCUAGAAAUCCGCGGCAGCCGAAGUAGGUUUCUGCGGCAGCCGCAGACAGGCGGGGAGGAAUAUUGCGCUAGAAAUCCGCGGCAGCCGCAGUAGGUAUCUGCGGUAGCCGCAGACAGGCGGGGAGGAGGCUUGCGCUUGAAAUCCGCGGCAGCCGCAGUAGGUAUCUGCGGUAGCCGCAGACAGGCGGGGAGGAGGCUUGCGCUAGAAAUCCGCGGCAGCCGCAGUAGGUAUCUGCGGUAGCCGCAGACAGGCGGGGAGGAGGCUUGCGCUAGAAAUCCGCGGCAGCCGCAGUAGGUAUCUGCGGUAGCCGCAGACAGGCGGGGAGGAGGCUUGCGCUAGAAAUCCGCGGCAGCCGCAGUAGGUAUCUGCGGUAGCCGCAGACAGGCGGGGAGAAGUCUUGCGCCAGAAAUCCGCCGCAGCCGCGAUGUCUAAGGACUACUACAAGACGCUGGGCCUCGCGAGGGAUGCGAGCGACGAGGACGUGAAGAAGGCGUACAGGAAGAUGGCGCUCAAGUUCCACCCGGACAAGAACAAGGCGCCCGGGGCCGAGGAGCGCUUCAAGGAGGUGGCCGAGGCCUACGAGGUGCUGAGCGACGCCGAGCGCCGCCGCGUCUACGACUCGUACGGCGAGGAAGGCCUCCGGGGCAACGGAGGCACCAGGUUCAACAGCGGCAGCAGCGGCAACGGGGCCACCUUCUUCAACUACAAGUUCCACGGCGACCCCCACGCCACCUUCCGCUCGUUCUUCGGCGACGGCGACCCCUUCCGCAUGUUCACGCAGAGCCGCGAGUCCAUGGACACGGACGACGGCGGCGCCGGCGCCGGCGCCAACCCGUUCGGCCCCUUCGGUUUCGGCGGCAUGCCGGGUAUGGGCGGCAUGCCGGGGAUGCCGGGUAUGCCGGGGAUGCCGGGGAUGCCCGGCGCGUCCAGCAACGGCAACAUCCGGUUUGGCGGCGUUGGGCCGGCGGGGGCCGGCGCCAGGGGCCGGCAGCAGGAGCAGGACCCGGCGGUGGUGCGCGAGCUGCCAGUGUCGCUGGAGGAGGUGCUCACGGGCUGCACCAAGAAGAUGAAGAUCUCGCGGACGCGCGCGGGCGCCGACGGGCGCUCGUCGCGCGUCGAGGAGAAGAUCCUGGAGGUGGAGAUCAAGAAGGGCUGGAAGGAGGGCACCAAGAUCACGUUCCCGCGCGAGGGCGACGACACAGGGCGCAGCAUCCCCGCCGACGUCGUCUUCGUGCUCAAGGACCGCCCCCACCCCCAGUUCAAGCGUGAAGGCUCCGACCUCGUGCACGUCGCCAGCGUCUCCCUGUGCGAGGCCCUGUGCGGGGGCAGCGUCCGCGUGCCGCUGCUGGGCGGGCGCCACAUGACGCUGGAGCUGACGGAGGUGGUGUCCCCGGGCUGGCGUCGCCGCGUGCAAGGGGAGGGCCUCCCGCUGCCCAAGGCCCCCGGGCGGCGCGGGGACCUCGUGGUGGAGCUGAGCGUGCGCUUCCCCGAGCAGCUGGCCCCGGCGACGCGCGACGCUCUGCGCUCCCUCCUGCCGGCCUCGUAGCCUCGACCUCCUGACCCUGACCGCGACUUCCCAAGCUCGGUUCCCAAACCCCCCCCCGCCCCCACCCCCAGCCUGACACCGUAAUCCCAAAUCGUUGACCCUCACCCCAAACCGAUUGCCCCUAAACCUUUACUCUGCAAUCUUUAUUUGAAGCUUCUUUCGUGACUGCAGGAAUCCAUACUCUUUGGUUCUUUCGGUAAAGUCACGUAGGUACCCUGACUCUAAACCCUAUCCCCCAGAACUUCAACCCAUAACUAUUAACGCCUCAGUCUGAAUCCUAAGCCCCCUAGCUCUCGUCCCUGUACGCGCGACGUUCUCCGUCGGGAGAAUGGGGAAACCAGGGGGACCGUGCUCAGCUUAUGGACGAGGAGGAUGGUGACGAUGGUGCUCGUCUGUAAAUCUCUCGAUGGCCUCGCCCCACCCUCGUCCCUUCCUCUUCCAUGUCUCCCCCUCCCUCACUCGUCCUCUUCCUUCCCAAUCUUCUCUCGGUCUCUCUUGGUCCUUCAAUCUCACCGUGCCCAAUCCCCGUUUCCGAUCCGUCUCCCUCCCUUGCCCCCCUCCACUAGAAUCAACUUCCCCCUGUACACGAAGCUGCCCCCCCUCCUUAAGCUCCCUCCGUUCCUCCCUUCGUGAUCCCUAAAGUGGAACCUCUCUAUCGCCGUCGCCCGUUCCUCAAUCCUCCUUAGCACCGACACCCCCCUUUCCCCCCCCCCCCCCCGAUCGAAAUCAUUCCAUUCCGUGUCGCCCAUUUAGCGAGCUCGACGUCAUCGAGCGCCUCGAGUAAAGGGGGGCGUUCUCCUCGUGAGCCCCAGAGGGGGACGCCGCCACUGAUUGGUCCGAGCGUCCAAAUUCCAGUUUCAGGGCCCUUUAUUCUGAUUCCAGGGCUCCGUUGUCUUCGCCCCCCGCGGCUGCCUUGCGCAAAACUCCCCUCCGCGGUGACCGCGUGGGAGUGCCACCCCCCCCCAUCCCGGUAUGCGCCGAACAGCCAACGGAGAAAUACCACCAAAGUUGUUUCGACGGUAACCAAACACGAGCCGCUCGGGGCCCGUGGCUUCCAAUCCAUGUUCCGGGGCGGGUAGCGGGUGGUAUCUAAUGCUAGUUCCUGGGCCCUGCGCGGCAUUCACUGUGUAGGAACAGUGGGGCGGCGGAGAUGAAAGUAACGGUGGCGAUGUGCUCGCUUGCGCUCCGCGAGAGUGUUAAAAGCUACCAUUGUCGGUGUGUGUGCGCGCGUGUACACACGUGCCAUGUACGUGUGUUUGUGUGUGUGUGUAUAUAUAAGCCCCGUGUACAAAAAAUUGUUGCUUGAGCAAGUA